UGGAAAAACAAGGCGAUGCAUGUAAUGAGCGGUCGUAUCAAUUCGAAGGGAAUAUUGCAUGAAGAAAAAUCAUGGAUGUACUGUAUAGGAAUAUAACAACUAUUUCUCAAUGUGCACCGGAAGCCACAGCAGAAGGACAUCCGUCGAAUGAGUAUAUGCAGAAUGCAAAUGGACAAACGACAUCUGCUGUAUCUACAAAACAUCGGAAACUUAGAAGAAUCCGCCAGAGAACCACUUUUACCACAGGCCAACUGAAGACGCUUGAAGGCGCAUUUCAACAAGCGCCUUACCCGAACAUCAUUGUCAGAGAGGCUCUUGCACGGCAACUUAUGCUGGACGAAACGAGGGUGCAGAUUUGGUUCCAAAACCGACGGGCAAAGUGGCGGAAAGGGCAACCGUCAAAACAGGAGAUUUCACUCGAUGAUACAAAUUCUGCAUCGGGCACAGGCAAAGACUCGAAGAAAUCGGAUAAACAAGCACUUUUCAUUCCCGUACCGGAACCGGCAAUGUUCAGCUCGCAUACUCCCUGGUGGUUCCCUAUACCCGUUCAUCACCACAAUCUUGUCGUGUUUCCUGUAUUUUCGCCAAGCUGCUACGCAAACGCCAAAAGCGUUCCGAUUAGGAUCCUAAUUUCUGAUUGGCUGAAAUCGAGGUUCAUGGAGGGCUGA